AUGGCGGACGCUUCCUCCGUUGAAUCCCUUGAGGCACUCCAGGGCCUCUUCGACUCGAUGCAAGUGCCGGCCCCGCUCAGCAACGCGGUCCAAGAGCUGGGGAUCUUGUCUAUCCCCGAUUUUGCCUUUGCCUAUUCCAGCAUUGCUGAGCUGGACGUGUUAUGCUCCGCUGAGCACCAACAGGUUUGGGAUGACAUGGAGGUGUCUGAUCCCCCGCAUAGCCCUGCAGUGGCCAGGCUCCGCCGAGCCCUUCAGCGUGCCAAAGCCAUCACAGAAGCCUCGGAUGCCGCAGCGCCGGCCGCGCCUGCUUCCAGCGCCGCACCCACCCAGCUCAACGCUUGGGCUGAACAUGCGCCGCCGCGCCUGGACUCUACCAGCAUCGCACAGCUCGUCAAGGACUUUCAUCGCAACUAUCCGGGGGAACACCUUGACGGUGAUGCAAUGCCAAGCGUUCGCCUCUUGAGCAUCGUUCACCGCUGGUUCUGCCCAGGAAACAGCAUCAGCUGGGUUCCCUGGCAGCUCCGCCUUUCCGAACGGCAAUACCAGGAAAUCAUAGAAAGCCGCACAACGCGCACGCUUCGCUCCGAAGCCGCCUUCCUCAGCACGGCCCUUUUUGAUGAUACUCCGGAGAUGCCAGUGGACCAUCUCCGCUUGAGCCCAGCAUGGCUUGGACGCAUCCAGGCCAUCUUUCGCAACGCCAUCGCACUGUGCAAAGGAGCGCACUUGCAGCGCCUGAAAGCCUACGACAAGAAGAUCUUGGAUUGGGCCACACAGACGCCAUCUGAUGCAUCGCUGCGCACAGUCACCACCAGUGAACUGGUCUCUGCAGAUAGGAAGCUGUGGCGAGAAAUUUCCUCGCUCUGCGCAACGGGCUGGAUCCUUGACGACGCACUGCACGAGAUGACGCAUGUCAGAUCCGACAUCGGCAACCUAUUGCAAUUCCGAGCUCGGCCGCCGGCACCUCCGCCACGCCCGCCACCCCGCAUUACCGACCCCCAGAAGGGCAAGACAGGCAAAGGCAAAGGCAAAGGCAAGGACAAGACCGGCAUGCCGUCGAACACUGGAAAGCGAAAGCUCAGCACUGCGGAUGGCGCCGCCAGUGUCAAGGAUAGCGACCUCAUCAAACAGCAUGGCAACAAGACGUUCUGCAUUCGCUUCAACAAGGGUGUUUGCAAGAACCAGCAAUGCAAGUAUUUGCACGCAUGCGCUUUCCGCAUGCCCAAUGGCGAGCCAUGCGGCAAGAACCACCCCGCAUGCAAGCACCGCAACCCGCAAGAGCCGCCCUCCUCCGCCUUCAUCCAGCCCUACUCCAAGGCGAGAAUCCUCAUCGCCCAGUGGAUCCAGCUCGUCAUCUCGGUCUUCACUUGCGGGCUCCUGGGUGCCCUACUGCUUGAGGUCACGUUGGCCUCGCUCAGUCCAGCCUCGCAUCGCGUUGCACAAUCCCUUGUGCGCGCCGCGCGUUUGCAAGGUGCUCAGGAACUGGCGGUUCACUGCGUGCACGCAUCCUUGCCAAAGGACGACAGCUCCGUCAUCUUCUGUUGCACGGUUUUGCACUGCUUAGCCAGAGCCAUCCAAGAUAAGGAUGCAGAUCUGCCCCUCCUCCUGGAAGAGGGUGUAGGCAGCAUAAAAAUUCACACAAAGAAGGAUGUGCCACUGGUGCCACCUUCACGCAAGCAUCAGUGGGUGCGCCUCGCAGAUCCGCAUCGCUCAGAGAUACAUCUACGCCAAGAAAGUAAGUUCGUGCUCGCAUGGCUCAGCCUCUGCUUUGCACACGAGCAGCCGCGUUCGCUUCGCACUGCCCCACGCAUGCAUUGCUACAGUGCUGCGGACGCCUUCGCGGACACUGACAGAAUGGGCAUUGGAGGCUGGCUCGGCACCUCCACUGCCUUCGUUUGGUUUAGCGAGAUUUUCUCUGCCGAUGAGGUCAGAGCACAGUGGCCACAGCUUCACGGCUCGAUGCAACCUUACAUAGGCUGUUUUGAGACCUUGGCUCAGCUCGGCCUCGCCCAGUGCUCCUGGCAGGAGCUUCGCAGCAAGCACGUUCGCUUCGUGCUUCCCACGGCGUCAGACAACACAAGCGCCGAGAGCGGGCUCAACAAGCUCUUCAGCACUGCAGAGCCUUUAGGGACCUUCCUCCGCCUUGCAGCCACCUGGGCCCAUCUACAUCGAGUACAGUUCGAGGUGGAACAUCUCGCAGGCGAGAAAAACGUCUGGGCAGACAGGCUUAGCAAGAGGCCGUGUUGCCUUCCUGUCGCAUCGCUCAGCCGAGCGUGUGCGUGUCAGCCUCGCGCAGCUGGCAUCGGCAUCGCAUUGCGUCACACUGCAUGA